CAAUCGUCAAAAUGCAUUUCGCUUCACUUCUCACUCUUCUUUCCACUCUUGGAGCAGUAUCAGCAUCACCACGCUUUGGUACUAGAGGGCAUCACUUUCGCCGUGGAGGCACCGGCAACGACACAACAAACCCAUUCGACGGGAAGAAGCUCUACGCCAAUCCAGACUGGGCCGAUAAGCUUGAACAGACUCAUGAUGCAUUCGUGGCAAAGGGAGACACAGUAAACGCAGGCAAGGUCAGAACCAUCCAGGACAUUGGUACAUUUGUCUGGAUUGCGGACGUUGCGGGUCUUGCCAAUAUCGACACGGCUAUUGAACGAGCCCGUGCCGUCCAGUCCAAAACGGGCGAGCAGCAGAUUGUUGGUCUAGUGCUCUACGACCUCCCCGACAGAGACUGCAGUGCAGGAGAGAGUGCCGGCGAAUUUAGCAGCGAGAACAAUGGGCUUGAGUUGUACAAGGCGACUUUCAUCAAACCGUACGCAGAGAAGCUGGCUGCUGCCAGCGACUUGACCUUUGCGGUUGUUCUGGAGCCAGAUUCCCUGGCGAACCUUGUGACGAACUUGGGAGUCGAGUUCUGUGCCAAGGCGCAACCGGUAUAUGAGGAAGGUAUUGCGUAUGCCAUUUCAAGCUUGCAGUAUGAUCAUGUCAAUCUCUACAUCGAUGCUGCCCAUGGUGGUUGGUUAGGCUGGGACGAUAACCUGGCGCCUUCCGCAAAACUUUUUGCCAAGGUCGUCCAGAAAUCUGGCAACAACACCAAGAUCCGAGGUUUCUCGACCAACGUCUCAAACUAUAAUCCCUUCCACGCCGAUCCUCGCGCAAACUACACAGAAUGGAGCAACUCGUAUGACGAGAACAACUACGCGUUAUCCCUUUCUCCCCAUCUUGAAGCCGAAGGCUUGCCAUCACGGUUCAUCAUUGAUCAAGGCCGUGUUUCCAACAGCAGAGCUGAGUGGGGUGAAUGGUGCAACGUCCACCCCGCCGGCUUCGGUAUGCAGCCCGGCACGCCGGUGAAUAACACCCACAUCGACUCCAUUGUGUGGGUUAAGCCCGGAGGAGAGAGUGAUGGACGUUGCGGGCUUGAGGGUGCGCCCAGAGCUGGUGCUUGGUUUGACGAAUAUGUGCAGAUGUUGGUCGAGAAUGCGGACCCAUCUAUCCUUCCGAGUGACGCCUGA